GAUGAACUGAUCGCCAACGGCGAGCAAGAAACUUUCGACAUGGUAUACAUUGACGCAGAUAAGUGGAACUAUCCAAUUUAUUACGACAAAUGCAUGGAGCUUGUGCGCAAAGGAGGGCUGAUUCUACUAGAUGACGUAAGAGUUACUUAAUAAUUUUUACAAAGCAAAAAUAACAUGUGCUGUUAAGUAAAGACAUAUUACGUUUGCUUUCACUCUUGCUUUUUUUUGCACCAACCUCAAUUCAAGGGUCUAUGUUUGGGGGACGGUAAAAGAUGGGCCCCGUUGCUUGUUAACGUUCUCCAUAAAACACGAAAUUAGGCAUUUUCACGUGGCACUCGUGCAAAAACGGCAAAGAAAUGUACGAAAAAGCGUGAUACACGUGCAAAGUUGUUGUUUUAAUUAUUAAGCCUAUUGUUGCUUUUUGCACGUUCUCGUUGCCGUCGCAUUGUUAAAUCUUCAAGUCCCUAUUGGCCAAUUUUUUUCCCUGUCCUUGGUAACAGUCCCAGAAGUCUUUGCGAAAGUUAACUCGACCCAGUUUCCUUCUCGGUUCUUAAGUGACGAAUAUUGACAAAUUGGUUACUGGUCGUUUCGAUACAUGUUAAUUUCUUCGAGGUGAAAAUAGUUUCACGUACUUGGCUUAAGAACGAAGAAUAUUUACCCAAAAUGUUUUUUUUUGUUCAAUUGCACACUUAACUUGAAGUGAUCGAAAUUUUUGUGCAAUUUCACUGCUUGAGUUCGUAUCGAAACGACCGGUUUCCCACAAAUCUGUUCUUCUUCCAUCCACAGACGUUGUGGGAAGGAUUCGUUUGCGACCCGAAGAUCAGCAGAGAUGGCAGGACAUGGGAAGUGGAGCCACUUAACUAUCAGCGAGACUCUAUUGAGUUGUACCAAUAUCAUCUCAGGUCAAUAUAUGAGAGAGUGGCUGUCCAUAUUCAUGCUUUGAACAAAAAGAUCGCUAACGAUCCACGAGUUACUGUAAACAUCCUACCCAUCGGUUCAGGCCUUACAAUUGCAACAAAACUGUAA